GUGGAGUUGAAGGUCGAGAUUUGUUUGUCAGUGAUGGCAGCUUUGUCACUUUAUUGGCUGUCAAAGAAGAAAAAGGUUAAAGGUCGUGUUUGAUGCAUUUCAACCAAGUUUACUUUGGGUAAUUACAUCAGAACCCUGUCCCUGGAUUCUGGGACAGAGUUUCCACACUUUGCUACACAGCUGAUUGCUUGAAGAAUCUAUCUUGGACAUGUCUCUCUUGUGAGUCGCACCAAAACUAGACCUUGGGAUUAUAAUAUCUCCGUGCUAGCAACAUCUCCAUCUUGUCAGAGCUAAAAAUAAUGGAAAUCAGUGUUCAGAAUCCCAGAACCAUCUUUGAAAAUGGUAGAGCUAAAUAUGUGGCCUACCAAUUAUCCCUAAAGAAUUGCUUCCCUGUGUUACCACUGGACAACACAGAUCAUGUGUGGAGAAGUUACCGUGAGUUUCAUUUGCUGAGAAACAUUCUGUGCCAGAGACAUAAGAACCUAAAAAUUCCAUCUUUGCAAUCAGAUUGCUGUUUGUUAAACAGGUUUAAUCUAUGGGUUGUCAUGAGACGUAUAUCACGAUUGUGUGCCUUUGCCGAAAGUUGUUUCAAAGAAAAAGAACUGACCAUGGAUCCCACAUUUAGACUGUUUUUCCAGAGUGAUUUAUCCUUUGAAGAAAUCUUAAAAUUCCAUCAUGGACACUAUGCAGAAGACUUUAUCAAGAAUAUUUGGCAAACGAAUGGGAUAACCAGACAGUUAGACCAAGUUGAAGAGAACGACAGCAUUGAAGAAAACCUUAUAUCUGUAGGAGAGGCCCAUCAUCUUUUAAAUAAAUAGAUUUAAAAUUAAA